AUACACUCGUUUGUAUGUAAGAAUUUCUCGUCAACGGGAAUAAAAGUUGGGUCGUCCUCAUUGUAGACCAAAGUUGAGACUUGAGAUGGGAAAGUCCCCAGCAUAAUAUAGCUACUUCUGAGUCUUAAAUUUCCAGUAUAACAAAAGUUGUGGCAUUGUUGAUGAAAUGGAAGAUGUUCAUGAUGAUGUGGGUGGUGAACUUCGUGGUAGAGAAUUGGCUAGCUUGGAGUCUGAUGCUCAUGAAUCGGACUAUGUGAAUAGGGAAGUAGAUGAUACCACUGAUGCUCAAGCAAGUAGAGCAGAAGACACCCAAGGUAUUCCUUGGGAUAGACUUAGCAUUACUAGAGAGAAAUACCGGCAAACUAGGUUAGAACAAUACAAGAAUUAUGAAGACAUCCCUAAUUCCGGGGAAGGGACAGGGAAGGACUGCAACAUUACAGAAAAAGGAUCUUUAUAUUAUGAGUUUCAAUGCAACACAAGAUCAGUGAAACCAACUAUCCUUCAUUUCCAGUUGCGUAACUUGGUCUGGGCUACAUCAAAGCAUGAUGUCUACCUUAUGUCACAUUUUUCUGUCAUUCAUUGGUCUUCAUUAAGUUGCGAAGCAUCUGAGGUUCUAAAUGUUUCAGGACAUGUCACACCAUCAGAGAAACAUCCUGGAAGUCUCUUGGAAGGAUUUACACAGACUCAAGUUAGUAGUCUUGCAGUGAAAGAUAAUUUGCUAGUUGCUGGAGGAUUCCAAGGAGAACUUAUUUGCAAGCAUCUUGAUCAACCUGGAGUUAGCUUUUGUUCGAGGACAACUGAUGAUGAUAAUGCCAUUACAAAUGCUAUUGAGAUUUAUGACAAUCCCAGUGGUGCAGCUCACUUUACAGCCUCAAGUAAUGAUUGUGGAGUCAGAGACUUUGACAUGGAGACAUUUCAGCUUUCUAAGCAUUUCCGUUUUCCUUGGCCAGCGAAUCAUACUUCUCUGAGUCCCGAUGGUAAACUUCUUGUGAUAGUUGGUGACAAUCCAGAUGGGAUGUUGGUCGACUCUCAAACUGGCAAGACGGUGACGCCUUUAUGUGGACACUUGGAUUUCUCGUUUGCAUCAGCGUGGCAUCCUGAUGGUGUCACCUUUGCUACUGGGAACCAGGACAAAACCUGUCGGGUUUGGGAUGUUCGAAACCUAUCCAAGUCAGUUGCUGUUUUAAAGGGAAACCUUGGAGCUAUUCGGUCAAUCCGUUAUACUUCUGAUGGUCAGUAUAUGAUGAUGGCAGAGCCAGCAGACUUUGUGCAUGUCUAUGAUGUGAAAAGUGGGUAUGAGAAGGAGCAGGAAAUCGAUUUCUUUGGUGAGAUAUCUGGCAUAUCAUUCAGUCCAGACACAGAGUCGCUUUUCAUUGGAGUAUGGGAUCGUACAUAUGGUAGUCUUGUCGAGUAUGGAAGACAAAAGUGUGUUGCUUAAGAGAUCCUGAUAUUUAACUGAUCGAUUCGUAUCAUAUUUUGUGAUCUUUUCGUUUUGUUAGAUGUAAUUGUGGGACUUCUAUAUCCUGUGAUAUCCUUGCAGGUCAGUGAAGUGAAAACUAUAUCGUGUAGACAAGUGUUGUGUAACUUGUUUGAUUUGAGGUCUUUCUUUUAUUUGAAAUUCUCCUCCUUUUACUGUUCCUUGUGA